GAGAUCUCACCCCUUCCUUACUACGACGCUCAAGCCGAUUUUAGCGCGGAUUCCGCGCCAUCAAGAGGCUCACCUCUCUCCCCCAUCUUCAAUGAUCCGUUCCAAUUACCCGUCGAGUCCGAGUGGGCGAAUUAUCUCGAGAAGCCCUCCAUCUCUCCCGGACUAGACAUCUUUUACGGCGAAUCGUUCGGCGGCCCCAUGGCUUUCAUGAACCAUCAGAACGGCGGCGUCAGCCCGUCUGCCAAUCCUGUCGACCUCAUGUCCGAGAGCCCUAGCUUCGUCCGCGACGACGUCAACGACAACCAGCCUAUCUUCCAACAGAACCUCCCAACCACCGCGCCUGCUCGGCCAACCUUCACGUCGAAUCGCAACAACAGCAUCCAAUCCACUCUGAGUUCCGAAUCGCAAGCCUCCAGCCAGCCCAUCUCCCGCCGGCAACCGACCCGCUCGGCCCAGCUGAAGCGCAAGUCGUCCAGCUCCGACUCCGUAUCCUCACGCUCGGCCUCGCCGGAGCCCCGCGCGCAACGCACCAAGUACUCCGACCCCAGCAAGAACCCGCACAACCUCAUAGAGAAGCGCUACCGCGUGAACAUCAACGAGAAGAUCAUCGCCCUGCGCGAUGCCGUCCCGUCCCUCCGCUGCGUCGUGCAACAGAGCGGGAACCCGGAUCAGGAGGAUGGGCCGACGCUCGACGAGGUGAAGGAGGGGCUCGGCGGCCUGAUGCCCGCCCGCAAGCUCAACAAGGCCACCAUCCUCAGCAAGGCCACCGAGUACAUUGGUCACCUGGAAAAGGUGAACCGGAAGAUGGCCGACCAGAUCGAGGACUUGGAGAAGAGGCUUGCCGCAGCAGAACAGUGGUAG